UGUCUUGAUAUUCAUUUGUCGAUUGAAGUCGUUCAUGAAUAGUAUUUCCAAAUUUAAGAGAAAAAAUGGAUCAUAAUAAUACGUCGACCGCGACUUUGGCCACGAAUGUCGCUGGCAAACGACAAAAUCAGUCGACAUCGCAGCGCAAGAAAUCCGGCCCCAAGUUCGAGCUCAGCGAAGGACAAAAAGCCGACAUUAAGGAGGCUUUUGACUUGUUCGAUACCGAAUGCACCGGCUUUAUAGAGGUCAAAGAGUUAAAGGUUGUCCUCCGUGCACUUGGCUUUCAGCCGAAGAAAGAAGAGAUCAAGCGCAUGAUUGUCGAAAUUGACAAGGACGGUACUGGUCGCAUAUCCUUCAACGAUUUCCUACAAUUGAUGACCAUAAAAAUGCCUGAGAAGGAUACCAAAGAAGAAAUAUUAAAAGCAUUUCGCCUUUUUGAUGACGAUAACACCGGGUCAAUUUCGUUUAAGAACUUAAAGCGCGUUGCCCGCGAAUUGGGCGAAACGCUGACCGAUGAGGAGUUGCGUGAAAUGAUUGAUGAAGCUGAUCUGGAUCAUGAUGGAGUUGUAAAUCAGGAUGAGUUUUUCCGUAUUAUGAAAAAGACAAGUCUAUAUUAAUCCAAAUUUCGUAGAAUACAGCUUUCGCUAGACAUGUAUUUUUACAAUUCUAUAAAAAAUUAUGUUUCUAUAAUUCUAUGAAUUCUAGUUUUGCUAUGUUUAAUCUUUAUUAUUAUAUUAUGUUUACUAAGUUGUGUGGAUUAUAGUCAUACAGAUUAUGCCGUUUACUUACUACGAUAUUAGUUUUAACUUAUAAAUAUUGUUGCUGUAGAUAUUUUUAUGUAACAAGUUUACUGAUACAAAAAUACCUUUGCUAGACUUAUAUACUGAACAUACACAACUCACGUGUGUAGUCACUAUUGAAAAAUUCCAUCAAUUGGGCUACGA